AUGUCCCAGUGUCCGCUCCGUGGUCCCGUGGAGCUGGAAUCAUGGAAGACCAUGAUGGACAAUAUGGUUAAUUUUAUCUCGGCCUCCACAACUUUAAUGAAAACCAUUCACAUGAAGGCCAUCCAAAGGUCGAUGAUGCAACUGCCUCAAAGUCAAGUGCCUCAAAUUGAACUGACUAACACUGAUUGUGCGUCUAGUCUUAAUUCCGUAGCGCCCCAUGUGCCUAAUAAGUGUUGUGCUCUCAAAUGGGAAAAUGGUAUUGAGAAUCCAGAUGAGCAACUGGAAGGGGUGAGCAAGGUUGAAGAAUAUUGUAGUCUCCUGGAUCAUCCACAGUCAGAUAAUGACCCAUGCGAAAAUGCACUGGUAUGUAGGCUGCAUCAAAGCCAAAGUAUGAUGGUAGAUGAACGUAAAAUUGGCAUUCUGAAACGACAACUGCAUCCAAAUAUUGGCAAAGAUGCUGCAGAGGUCAUGGAAAAUCUUCUCCAAGCUAAAGAUAUAGAAAAUGGUUCAUUGCAAAGCGGUGACACCAAGGCAAAAGAAUGCGUUUCGGUGGCAAAAUGUGUCAAAUAUGCCAUUGAGAAACAGAGUACAGCUAUAUGCACAGAUCCCGUGAAGUUUAAGAAAGAACCUCCUAGAAAAAAUAUGUUUCCAUCUGAAAAAGGAGAGGGUAUACGGCGCCAUAAGUCGUGUACUCAUGCUGGACACAAAUCUAGAACGUCGCUCGAGUCGAGCAUAAAUAUUGAAUUGGAUGAUAGAGUGAGAGCGAACAAAACGUACACGAAUGCGUUGGAGAAAUCUGCCAUUUAUAUGAAGUCUAAAGUUAACACGAAGGAUACAGCAGUGAAUGGUGCAAGCCUGAGAUCCACUAAAUCGUGUACAUACGAAAGUGCGAAAUCUGGUUCGUCCUUGAAGUCUGAUGACGGCUGGGAAAGUAAAGUUACGAAGAGUUCGUGCAGCUGCAGAUCGACUGAUGGUAAAAUGUGCACCUGCGGUACUCAAAAAUCGAACCCGAAGCUCUGCGAAUGCGCUGUUGGUUCCUCGGAUAAGUUGAGUUCGUCUAAUCAAGAUCUAGUGGUGAAGGUAGAAAAAGCGCGUGAAGAGAUAGCAAUUUUACGGGAAGAGCUCCAGAAACUGAAAGAAGCUGAUGCUAAAAUGAAAACUCCAGCUGCUACUUUGUACAGAGAGAUUAUGAAAGACGUUUAUGCUGGUGGAAGAGCCAGGAGAUCAGGCGUCGCUACUAGGUUGGCAGCGUUGACGCCGAGAGGAUCGUUGACCAAGGUCAUUGAACAAAGGUCCUCCGAGUGUAGCACUACCUGUAUUACAACAACAGGUGCGAACAUGAUGGUCACGGGAUACCCUGCAAGAGACAUUCAGAGUUCGUACAGGAAUACGUCAAAUCGCGUGGGUUUCCAAGACUAUAAAGAAUCGUUGCAAUGGCCUUCAGCCUCUCGAAGACAAACUAGAAGUAUGGAAAUAAACCCUUACCAACACCUAUCCAUAUCUACCACUCACUGGUGCCUUCCUCGAACCCCCGAGGAGUGCAUGACAGACGAAGAACGUAAAGUCGAGGUAAACUACCUCGUGGAUUUGAUAGAGAUAAAAGAAAAUGAGCUGUCGGAGUUGCAACAACAUAAAGCUAAUCUGUUAUUCGAUAGUGAAGAGGAGGAAGAAGGCGAAGAAGUACUAGAUCAUGUGGUGAAAUACCCUCAGCAAGACACUUCAGGGUACUAUUUCGGUAGGAGUUCAAGUGGUACUGUGUAUCAUAUGCAGAAGUGCGACGAUUUCAAGACUGAAUACCAACAGUAUCCCACCAUGAAUCAAACGCUAGCUCAAAGUUAUAAUAUGUAUGGUUAUACUAAUCCUUCUAUGGGUAACGACGCGGACCUGUAUAGUACUUAUUAUGCAAGAAGAUAAAUAAAUUAUUUUAAAAAUAUUUUAGAUAAAUGAUUUAGUUCCAGGCUUUGCUAUUUUUCUGAUGCCUUUUAUAACCAAUAUUGAAUCUAGCAGCAUCUCGUUAGAAUAUACACCUCUCAAGUAUGCCAACUCAGUGGUCCUAACCUGUAAACCACUAAAUUGAGAGGUAAGAUAGAUAUUGCUAGAACAGAGUGUUUUUCCAAAUUAUAAUGGUUUGAGGGUUAUCUCCGUGGAAACCAUAGGAGCUCAGCAAAAAUUGCGGAAGCAUGGUGAAAAAAUGUAGAUUCUGCCGGAACGAUUCUGCAAUUUCCCGAUUUUUGUUUUUUUUCAUGAAAUUCCUUCAAAAUAUUUCAUAGAUAUUUGCUUUUUAUUAAAAAUUCAAAUACCCCACAUGUGGCACAAUUUUGGCUGUGAUAGAAAAUUUAAUAUCGAGAUGUGAGCACCAACUCACGUGCAAAAAACACAUGUUUGUAAAUUUUGACAGAAGCGACUCCAAUUUCUCAGACAUUAGUAAAUUAUGUGUAAACGUCUUACAUAUUAAUUCAUCUAAAAUCUAUAAAAGUUUCAAAUCUGCAUUUCAUACUCAUGGAAAUUGAACAACUUUAUAUGAAUUUAUAAUAGUUCAAAGAAUUAUAUAUAAGAGCUGGAAGUUGCAAACUCAAUCUGUCAGUUUUUAAUUCUAAUAAACGAGACAGCCACUAAACAGCGAGAUAUUUUCACUGUUAUGGAAAACUUAGCUAAUACACAUGUCACUGUCUUAUUGAAGCAGCUUUUCGCUAGAAUAUGUUAGAUAUACAUUUCGUUCUUUUCGGCAUACAAGACUAUGAUUUUAAUGACGAUCAAAGUUUUACUUGAGGUGCAGUCACAAACCAUGUUUCAGUAUACAGUAUUUUACCACUAAUAACAUACACUUCGUUUUGGGAUGGGGUAAUCAGUGUGAAAGGCAACACUGACUCGGAGUUGCUUGUCUACUGAUGUGUGUUGUGGUGAGGAAUUGAAAAGUACGCCUGGUAUUGGCGUUAGACGAACAGUGUUGCCAUUAAAAUUUCCUUUGUUGCUUGAACUUGUAAUAGUAAAAUACUAUAUACGCCAUGCUGUAGUGCCGCAAAUGUGCCGCUGUUACAGUAAAAAUGCAAUGUAUACUUACCUCAGAUAUUUAACUCGUCCUACCACACAAAUGUGUCAGAAGUACUGAAAGUUUUAACGUUUUUGAUAAGAAAUCCGUGCUUUUAUGUCAUCUAAGAAAGACCUCUAUUAUAUAUUUAUAUACAAUCAAUAGGUGCAUUACAUAUACUCAAUAAUAUAGCACUGUUGAAUUUUAUGUUGUUUAUAACAUAUAACCGAGUUAUAUAUGAACUGAAUUAUUGAUCUUAUUUGUUAAUGAUAAAGGUUUUUAAUCACAGAUAGACUGAAAGGCAGGUACGCACGGUACAUCGAAUGAUACCGGGUGGAUUGAUUCCUAGACUGAUAUGAAAAAAUAUUUGAAUAACAUGUCAAUCAAUUUUUAGAUUAUUUCUCAAUGAUUCGCUGUUUAGUACAUUUGGUGUAGUGUUUCAGCAAAAUUAUUUUCUUCAGAAAUUCAAAUAUCCUUGAAUACGCAUACAAUUUUGAUAAUGUGAUCUGCUAUCACACCCAUCAUAUAGUGUUUUUGUCCUAAGCAUAUACAUACUCACUCAUGUAUUAUACUUCAAAGUAGAUAUUGGUGAAAAGUUUCGUUUUCAAUGAGACCUUAAAUACGUAUAUAUAAUUUUGACUGAAACGAAUACCUUUAUCAUUCGCACAUUUUUGAAUCUGUGGAUGCGUAAAUAUUUGUUUAUUUCACAAUCUAUAAGUCCACUGCCAGUUAAGCAUUUUUAAAGUUCUUUUGAUCUCACAGAAAUUUUCAAUUUUCUUUUGAAACAUAAUUAAUUUUAUUUAUUUGAAUUAUAACAUAUUCAAAAAAAUUCUUCAAUUCUAAUAAUAACAAUUUAUUUAUGCAUCAAAUAUAGUGACUGGUCCCAAAAUACUGAAUGCACUGAACAUCAGUAGAAAUUUUAAAGCAAUACCCAUAUGAAUAUUUUUAUAAAAUUUUGUAUCUCAAAUACUAUGUAUUGUUAGAAUUAAAAAUGAGAAAUGUACCUACAUCUGCUCUUUUCCUACCUAAAACCAAAU